AGCAACUAGAUACUAUAUAUAGAAUGAGGUAAGAAUGCAUCUAGUCAGAGUUGUCCAGGCAGGGGUAUUAGCCACAUCGUAGUCUCCAUGCCUACACUUUUAAAAAGGGAUUAAUUCACCCGAGCAUCACAGACUGGCUGGUGCACGGAUCUCCACUGGCUGGUGCACGGAUCUCCACGCUGCGCUUAUCUAGCUACUGAGAGAGUGAGACUUCAGUUAACUGUUUUAUGUUGAAAGGAAACGUUUAUUGAGAUGCCAUUGGGAAAACAUGCACCCUUUUUAAAUUGAAAUUAGAGAUGAGACAUUUGCAUCUGUUAUACUUUUUAGUCACAACUUUGACAAGUUCCUGAAUGGAGAAUAAGGCCAUGUACCUGAGUACAUAUGAAGAGAGGGAGAACGGAUCCUUCUAUGAGGAGGGCUACGAUGGCAGAAACCUAUCAAAGCUCAACCUGUGUGAAGACGCUGUUUCUGCCAAGAGGAGAAGAAAGCCAGACAAUUGCUGCAGCCACCUGAACUCCCUGUCUGCCAUCAAGUAUGCCAUCGUGUCUCUAUACAUCUUGGUACUCCUGAGCAUCUUUGGUCUCUGUUUAGCAGUGUCCAGGUCCCAGAUGUCCUCAGAGAAGCAGGAGGCACUGAUGGAAAACAUUACCCGUAUGGAGGACCGCUCUCGGGAGCUCCAGCAGUCCCUGGGUGACAUCUCCUCUCAGGCAGACCUCCUGGAGAACAUCUGGAAGCUGGAGAGCCUGUUCCAGAACCACAGUGAGUCCUUAAAGCAGCUGGGCCAGGCAGUGAGCGGCCUGGAGAGGGAUAUCAGGGAUCUGCAAGGCCACUGCCAGUCGACAGACAGCACCGUGGAGCAGCUGGGGGACCGUGUAUUUGUCCUGAACCGCUCCACCCAGAGGAACGUGAGUGGGCUCAGCAACCAGCUGGCCCAGGCCUCGGUCUCGCUGCACAACCACGACCUCCUGCUGAGGAGCACAGCGGACCAGGUGGACCAGCUCAAGGAUAGGCUGGAGGAGGUUGGCUGGACGGUCGGCUCAGUCAACCACACGUUCACCAGCGACAUCAGCGUCCAUCACCUAAAGAUCCAGGACCUGCAGGUGCAGAUCAGCAAUGCAAGCCAGGAUGCACGGCACAUGAGGGAGACACAAGUGCACAUGGAAGAGACCCUGAAGAAUGAGGUAGAGAUCCUCAGCACCAUCACAGAGGACCUGAGGCUCAAGGACUGGGAGCACUCCAAUAUCCUUAAGAACAUCACCUAUUUAGAAGGGCCUCCAGGACCAAAAGGUGAGAAGGGCGAAGUUGGGCCACUUGGUGCCCCUGGUGUGGCAGGCCUCAUAGGGAUGAGAGGUUUUACAGGAGAAAAAGGCUUCCAGGGUCCAAGGGGACUAAAGGGACCGAGCGGCCCUGACGGCCUACAGGGGGAGAAAGGGGAUAUGGGACCCGAAGGGCCCAAAGGUGACGGAGGAAACAGAGGACUGAAAGGCGAGAAGGGAGACCGAGGUGACCGUGGUGAAAAAACAGUGGACGAGACACUGGUGAGACUGGUGAAUGGAUCAGGCCCUCACGAGGGGAGAGUGGAGGUGUUCUAUGAGAGGCGCUGGGGAACGGUGUGUGACGACGUCUGGGACAAGAAGGACGGUGACGUGGUCUGCAGGAUGCUUGGCUACACAGGGGCCUUCGAGAUCCAUAAAACAGGCCGGUUUGGACAAGGUACUGGGCUCAUCUGGAUGGAUGAUGUGGCCUGUGUUGGGAAUGAGGACACCAUCCACCAGUGCAAGUUCUCAGGCUGGGCAAAGACUAACUGUGGGCACGUGGAGGAUGCGGGGGUGACAUGCAACACCUAACACCCACCAUUUUAACUCCCACUCAGUUCAGAGUUCAGUUUUAAACUGCAGAGUUAAAUUGCAGAUGACAGGCAGCAUGAGGUAGAGCAGAGGGGCUGCGUUCUGACGCCCUACACCCACUCACUGCAGGACUAAAGUAAGACAAAUUACAGCCCUAGAUGGCUUUUUAUAUUUUGGGAACAUUUUUAUGAAAUGGUAAAACAUGCACAACGACUUGAGGUUUAUCACAGGAAAAGAAACAGGGAAAUAUAGAUUAUUGUGUGAAAUAAGCGAAACCAACCGCUGACGUAAUACACUUUCAAAUGUAAAUCAAGUGUUGCCAUGAGCAUGAUAUCUUUCAUCAUAGAUUUCUGUAGAUGAGCCUAGACAAAUAUUGCUUUGGGAUAUGCAAAGAUAUGUGCUGAGGUACUGAGGACUAGGUUUGAUACACUCUGAGCCACAUGAAUCUGGACUAUCUCUCAGUAUUUCAUUUGGAGCAUUGAAGCAGCACCCCUUUAGACAUGGUCCUCACUUUCAUCCACUGAGGUUCAUACUCAGACAAGUGCUAUUGAGGUGUUAUAGAGUGCUAUAGAGCAGUGGAGGUUGGUGGGAGGAGCUAUAGGAGGACGGGCUCAUUGGAAUGGUUGGAAUGGAAUAAAUGGAGCGGCAUCGAAGACAUCAAACAUAUGGAAACCAAAUUUUUGACUCCAUUCCUUUAUACCAUUCCAGCCAUUACAACAAGCCCAUAGCUCCUCCCACCAGCCUCCAGUGCUAUAGAGUUUUCUGGUUCGAAUACCUGAGCUGACAACGUGAAACAGCUGUAGAUGUGCCCUUGAGCAAGGCACUUGACCAUUUGCUCCAGGGGAGCCAUACUACUAUUGCUGAUCCUGUAAAACAACACAUUUCACUGCACCUAUCUGGUGUAUGUGACAACUGUCAAAGAUAACACCUUACCCUCUUUGUAUAUUUUCACUCAGAUUGGGAAAGGUCCUUAAACAGAAAAUAAACUAUACCAAAUAUUUUCUAUUGGAAUUCUUCAGAAUUAUUUUCAUAGAAAGAAAUUAUUCUUGUUUUGUAGAAAUACAUAUUCCUACAGUAUGUGAUCAUUACUAUUAUAAUCCACUCUCAAAUAUUCAACUAGAGUGCAGUUAGUCUGUGAACAUAAGAGGUAAUUUUUGCAUGGAUCUUCAACUGUUCUGUAAAUUCAUCACUGUCAUGCAAUGCCUUUUCAAGUACAAGGGAGCAGCCUGCACACAAUUUUGAUUUGUAUAACUGGGACCACAAACCCAGGUUCCCACUUUAGGAACAUACUAUCAAAUACCAGGAUGCUAUAAUUGCUACAGUAUGUGAAGUCGAGAUUGGUUGAUUUAUUAUACCAUGGUACCCCUGUAAGUCUAACCACCACUUUUAUUGGACAAGAUUUAAUAAGUACUUUUGAGGAGUGUAAAUAUCUGUUUAUCGAUUGUGCUGGUCAUAACACCCAGUCCACAUGAAAAAAUACUUCAGUUUACUAUAGAAUACUACAGCACUUACUAUAAAAUUCUGUAGUAAACUGUAAUACCGUAUAAUACUAUACUACACACUGCAACAUCCCUCGAUCGUGUGUGGUAGUACUUACUAGAGAAUGUUGGAAUAUACCGUACAAUACUAUAGUAAAUACUACAGUAUUAUCCGCAACGAAAACACUGUAGUAAUUACUACAGUAAUGUCCGCCAAAACACUACAGUCGGCAAAAACACAACACUUUUUUUAACUAUAUUAAAUACUACAAUAUUUAAUUAGCAUAUACCCUGCCCAUUCCCCUCGGUUGUCACUAGUUACCACAGCCGCAUAGUCAUAAGCCCCUCCUAUUUCUACAAUUUAUCUUCCUAAAAUGUGAUUUUAAACCUAACCGUAACUUUAACCAUAACCUUAAACACACUGCUAACCUUAUACCUAACCUUAAAUUUAGAUGAAGAAGCAAAAAAAAAAAAAAUUUUUUUACGUUAUAGCUUAUUUUGACUUUGUGGGUAUGGUAACUAAUUGGAAAACAUUCCCCUCCCCCAUAUUCCAAUUUGUGCCACCCAUAAGUGAGAAACCUACAUGCCAAGUAUAGACCAUAUAUUGUGUUACCUACAGAUUAUAGAAAAGAACAGAAGUGCUGAAUUAUCUGUUUAGACCCCAGUCCUAACUACAUGCAGGUUAUUGAAAAUGUGAUCUUUAUAGUACUUGUCCAGUAGAUUUCCUCAAGGACAAAGCCUCUGAGUAUGUCAAAGAUAAUAAAACAAAAACACAAUAGAAAAUACUACAGUAAUCUCUUAAAAAGCACUACAUUAAAAACUGUAGUAUAUACUACAGUUUUAUUUUACUACAGUAUUUAUACUAUAGUUAACUGUAAAUAUACAGUAUACUACAGUGAAUAUUACAGUAAAGUCUUCAAAACACUACAGUGAAUACUAUAGUAUUUAUAGUAUAGUAUUUUUUUCAUGUAAUAUGAAAUGUUUAAAUAAAUACAGUGAAUAUGUGACAAUAAUAUUUGAUAUGUUCAUUAGAUAAUACUUUUAACUUGAUAUUUCUUGCUGAUAAAAAAAAGAAAUCAUGUACUGUUGAAAGAAUAAAAUGGUAUUCAUUUGUU